AUGCUCGGGAUCGAAGCGUCGGACCACCCGUGGCUGCACCUGCUCGCAGGCGUCGCCGUCGGUCUCGCCGCGUGUCUCGCCGCCUACGGUCUCUAUGAGCUCUACCGCCGCUGCAAGCGCCGGCCCAAGCCCAUCAAUCGGUACGAGUCGAGCCACUUGCUCGCCCGCGCCGACAUGGACUGGCCCGCGCUCAUGCCCGACGUCGCGCAAUCGUACCUCUCGCCGAUCCCGGAAGAGCGGCUCAACGAAGACCUCGACGAGAGCGAGUCGGCGUACGGGAUCGCAACGCGCGAAAAGGCCUUUUGCAAAGAGUACUGCGAAGCUUCAACGACCUUUGAGUGGCUUGACAAGCCUGCGCUCUACAUGGGCCGCAACCGCGCCAAGCGGCUGUACCUCCUCGGCCAAGCGUCCUCGGGCGGCAACUCGUUCCACCACCGCUCGUACAUGAGCUCGUUCCGAAAGCAGUACCUUCUGAGCAUGUACCCGUCGCUGCCGACGGACGCGGCGACGCUCGCGCUGCUCCGGGCGCUCAUGACGCAGAUCGCGCUCUGCCCGCAGGUCGUGCCGGUCCUCGACGUCGCGUACCUCGACCACGAGACGCCGCGCAUGGCUGCGAUUUCGCCGUGGAUGAACCAAGGCUCGCUCAAGGACUACAUCGUGCACCGCAGCCAGACCAUGCUGCUCUCGAUGCCGUACCAUAAGAAAUUCAAGCGCUACGGCGUCGGCCGGCCGCUCGCGCCAUCGGCGAUUGCGCGCAUGGGCCGCGACAUCCUCCUCGGCAUGCAGCAGCUGCAGGCGCUCGGUCUUCCGAGCUACCACCUGCACACGGGCAACAUCCUCCUGGAGUACGAGCAAGUGCGCGUCGGCGGCUACGAAGCGUUGCUCUUCCAAGCCGGGCGGCUCCAGAGCCCGGUCAGCGACAGCGAUGACAAGAUGCUGCCGGUCAUGCUCUUUGGGCACGUGCUCUUUGAGAUGGCGUUUGGCGUCGAGCUCUCGCGAAAUCGGCUCGACGACGACGGCCAGCCCAUUUACGCCAACCUCCACCGCCCGUCCGACCGCGUACAAGAUGUGCUGGAUGCGAUCUUCCAGGACCAGCGCCACGACCUCUCGAUCGAAUCGCUCCUGCAGAUGCCCCUCUUUUUGCCCCGCGUCCAGCGCCCGUCCAAGCUGCAGCGCCGCAUGCUUGCAAAUGCGGCGGCGCCACCGUCGCCCGUGCUCACGGAGGAGAUGAAGACGUACGUUGAAGCGUGCGUCUCGGCCUUCCACGGCAGCCAGAUGCCCGUGACUGCAAGUGCGUCCUCGUACUCGGACUGCAGUGCACGCGCGUAGUAGAUCCACGCUCCUCGU